AAGGGCUUCGAUCCCUCACACAGCUCCCCUCUUCACUGAAACCGGAAACCGGUUCUGAUUUUCUUUCUUUUCCGGUUGACGUCUGUUCGUGUGGCAGAUUUGUAAGCGUCGAAAUGGCAAAGUCUAAGAACCACACAACUCACAACCAGUCUCGUAAAUGGCACAGGAAUGGCAUCAAGAAGCCCAGAUCUCAGCGUUAUGAGUCCUUGAAAGGGGUGGACCCAAAGUUCCUGAGGAAUAUGCGCUUUGCUAAGAAACACAACAAGAAGGGCCUGAAGGCAGCACAGAAAUCAGCUGCUGCUAAAUAAGCUGUUGGUCACCAUCAUGUCUGCUUUUUCCAUAUUGUCUUUGUCAUCAUCAUGACAAUAAAACAAUGUUUUGGUAACACCAA